AGCAGGUCCCUGAGGAAAUGGGUUCUGGGGAUGGCAGCGUGAGGUAAUUAGAAGACUUUGACUAGAGAUGAAAUACCACAAAUCUAGGAAUUGUCCAUAAAACUCAGAUAGUUGGAGCUACUUUGAGGCGGAGCUGUCAUCCACGUGAUUUCCUAAGGUCUCUACCAUUCCUGGUUCCGAGUAUUUUCUAUGCAGAGAGUGUGGUGAUUACUUGGAUGGAGAAGGGCUAAGGGUCAGCUCACUAACCCCUCCUUCCCACUGCUCACGGGCAGGAUGGUGAGGGCAGAAUGUCCAGUGGAGCAGGAGCCUAGGGAGGAGGGGAAGAAGAAGAGGAGGGGACAGAGAGAAGAGAGACAGGAGGGAUCCAUUUCUUCCCACCUCCCAGGCUCCCAGCCAGCGCCAACACUUCUCUGCCUGUGCACCACGUGUCUGGGGUGCAGCAGUUCCUUUGCAGGGAGGAGGCACAGGGCUCCCAGCACAGGAACCAGCAUGGCGGGGCAACGGGUGCUGCUUCUCAUCUGCUCCCUUCUGCCUGGGCUCCCGCUCUCAGAAGCUGCCAAAAUCCUGACUCUGUCCUUGCUGGUUAAAGGCAAUGGUGGAAAAGAGCUUCCUCCUUUCUUGAAAGUACACUGUUCUGCCUCAGACUCCAAGAGGAAGCUGGUGUGGUUGUGAUGUGCUGGAAGUGCCGCCUCUGCUCCAGAAUGCCCUCUGGCUCACGAAGACACACAUGAACGGCUGCAUCUGUGGAUGUGCCUUCUCCCCUGCACCUGUUUCCUCCAUGAGAUGGCGGGGACGGCACGCCACGACCGAGAGAUGGCGAUCCAGGCCAAGAAAAAGCUCACCACGGCCACCGACCCCAUUGAAAGACUCCGACUGCAGUGCCUGGCCAGGGGCUCCGCAGGCAUCAAAGGACUUGGCAGAGUGUUUCGAAUUAUGGAUGACAAUAACAACCGAACCCUUGAUUUUAAAGAAUUUGUGAAAGGGUUGAACGAUUAUGCUGUGGUCAUGGAAAAGGAAGAGGCAGAAGAGCUUUUCCGGAGGUUUGAUAAGGAUGGAAAUGGAACAAUAGACUUCAACGAAUUUCUUCUCACAUUAAGACCUCCAAUGUCCAGAGCCAGAAAAGAGGUAAUUAUGCAAGCUUUUAGGAAGUUAGACAAAACUGGAGAUGGCGUCAUAACAAUUGAAGACCUUCGUGAGGUGUACAAUGCAAAACACCAUCCAAAGUACCAAAAUGGAGAAUGGACGGAGGAACAAGUAUUCAGGAAAUUUCUGGAUAAUUUUGAUUCUCCCUAUGACAAAGAUGGAUUGGUGACCCCAGAGGAGUUUAUGAACUACUACGCAGGAGUGAGCGCGUCCAUUGACACUGAUGUAUAUUUCAUCGUCAUGAUGAGAACCGCCUGGAAGCUCUAAAUGUAUGACCUGGUGACCAGGGCCUUGGAGAUAGCCAUGUGGCUCCAAAUGAUUAAAUAUCAGCUCAAAACCAGGAUUGCAUCUGAGUUCAUGUUCAUCCCAGUGUUUCUUCCAUGUCAACACGCACUGCAUUUUCUAGGCCAGAAAUAGAGACACUGAACAGUUAAUUGUAACUGAACUCUGCUGAGGCUGUUCCUUAGCUAUAAAAUAGGCAUUAAUUAAAAUAGGAUCUAUAAAGCUCCUAAAGCCGGGCUGAUAUAUGCAGAUGUCUAAUAAACAUUAGAUGUCUUCCUUGGCCAUUAAUAAAAUUUGAGUAUUUUAAUUAGAAUCCCCACCCAUGCGCUCAUUCUUUCUCCACCUCCCUUUAGAUGGUCCAUUUCUAGUUGGGAAAAUUUAUCUGUUUUUAUCACUGACUGUAAAUCUUUAAGUGCUUCAGCCCCAAUUUGGGGACCAGAAGGAGACCACCUGCUAGCCUCAAUUUCCCUAACUGUAGCUUGAGUUUCUCUGACUGUGUUUUGGGGAAGUCUUCGUUUGACAAAUUUGCUUAAAAUGAAAAUUUGGGGGCCAUUUUAAAGGCUGGUGUGAGACUGGAGCCAUCUCCUUGAGCGGCAAAGCCAGGACCAUUCCUGUGAUUAAAGUUUGAGGCUGAGGUGUGCUCUCAGAUUUUAUGUGGGACCUCUUGCCCUGUGAGUGGGCAGAGCAUCUCAGUAAACCUUUGCCUGGUGGACUGUUCAUCUCUCCUCUCCCUGCCAUUGGCCAAUCAUGUUGAGGUUCCCACCAGCACAAGGAAGUCGGGGGUGAAGUAGACCAGGAUCACAGGUGCACUCCAAAGCAGAUUUUCCAUCUUUUUCUUUUUUUAGCAAGAUCGGCCCUGAGCUAACAUCUGUUGCCAGUCUUCCUCUUUUGUUUAUUCCUCCUCAAAGCCCCAGAACACAGUUGUAUAUCCUGGCUGCAAGUCAUUCUAUUUCCUCCAUAUGGGAUGCUGCCACAGCAAAGCCUUAUGAGCAGUGCAUAGGGUCCAUACCCAGGAUCAGAAGUGGUGAACCCUAGGCCACUGAAGCAGAGUGUGCAAACUUAACCACUGGGCCACGGGGCCGGCCCCAGAUUUUCCAUCGUGACAUUUCACGGCUCAAAGCGUUCUCCUCUCAUCUCCAAGCUUUAGUUUCAUGUUGUUGAUAUGUGACUCUCCCCUGUUGAUAUGUGACUCUAAGCAAAGGCAGCCCCAGCUGCUGGAAAAUAGAUGUUGAAACUACCACUCUCCCCUGGUGUUUUCUGUGUCUGGGCUAGAGAUAAAAACACAGUGACUUGCCCUCUGACUAUGGUGCUGGAGGUAGUGACCACUCUGCUUUGUUGCUCAGGGACAGUCAUUUUUGCCACCUCUGUCCCUGGCUGCACUCACCCCCUGGUUUGGGGACAUAGAUUGGAGUAAUAGUCCCUUUUAAGAUCUUAUAUGUUUAAGUGGCUCUGGAUUUGGGCUUGAACACACUUGACGUAUGUUCUACUCAUUCACUUGUUUGCUUUUUAUUUCACAGACUUGGAAGGUGAGAUCAGGAUAUACAUUGAUUUAAAAACUGUGAAAACAGGUGUUUCCAGAUGAGAAUUAUGGCAAUCAUUAAAGAGGACACCUUCCUUUGUUUGUUGUUGAGGAGCUAAUCUCUCACUCUGGUGACAGGCUGGGAAAGGGACCUUUUUCUUGAGGAUGGGAGCAUCCCCAUAUCAUGGGCCACCAACCUUUUUUGGAAAUUAACUAUGCAAAUCUAGUUUUCCAUUGGAUUUAUUAUCUAGGCUUAUAUAGAAGUUGGCAGGCCAAAAGAUGCCAAGUGAUAUGAAGAAAUAUGUAGAAAUGACAUAGAAAGCCAGGAGAAAUUAUAAAGCAAUGUAUAGAAAAAAUAUCCAUGUUUUCUGCAGCUUGCACCUGGUAGAUUGUGGCUAAGGAGAGGUCCCAGUUUCUUGGGCAUGGUGGGUUUCAAGCCUACUGCUCUGGAUAGAUUGUGUCUUUGAUUCUGGGACAACUCAUGCCUCUGCUUAACUGGGGCCAUGGAGUUAGCAUGUGAUUCUGAACAAGGACUGGGUUGCAGCUAUCAGCUUCAUCUUCCCCAGUUGUACGUUGCUUCCUGUCUAAUUGGGGCGCAGCUAUCAGAUUUCAGAUAACCUGUGCCUCACAGUGUAUUUGGUCACAUUUAGUUACCUCCGUUCUAGAAGGUUAAGUUCUGGGCCACAAGUGAGGAUUCCACCACAGCCCCCUCGCCCUCCAUAAACAAGAUCUCCUGAGAACCUGAUGGUCAAGAGUCACGCCUCUCCUAUUCUGAAUCUUAUCUGGGAUUUCUGGUCUACCCUGGAUUCCCUCAUUAUCACCUUUACUCCUUCUAGUACCAGUGGAAGGAACAGUGAAUGGUCAUUUAUUAAAACCCAUUUGCUAAUACUGUUCUGGAUAUAUUUUCUGUUUAUUUAACUUUCACAAUUUAAACGUUACUCCAUUUGAGCUUAAAAAGUAAGCACUUGGGUCAGGAGAUAAAACACAAUAAGAAGUUUCUAAAAUAACCCUUGGGAGUCCUUUACUUCUGGGGCCAGGAACCUACAUAGGAAGUAAAUAAAUAAAUAAGCCAAUGAAAAGAGGAUAAAACUAACAGCUUUUUUAUGAAACAGGAGCAACAUGUGUAGAAAUUCUGAGAAUCAGGAUUAAUCAGAACAAGCCACCAAUACCUGCACUACAUCUGGGUUCUAACUCCCCUAAACGCAAACCUAGGCAAGAGCAGAGGAGACCCUGCCACGGCGGCUGUCAGGAGCUGGAUCGCAUCCUGCUUGAAUUCCAUUCAGAGUGCAAAUGAGAAAUCCAAGAUGCACGAGAGUUGCGUUGUAGACUGAGGCAGAAUUCCUCCAGCCGGUCUUCAGGGCUGAUUUUCGCAGACAUUCAGACUUUAACAGGAUUUCUUCCCAGACCCAAAUGGCACUCUGGAGGACAUGUAUGGCUCUUUGUGGUUUGGUGGCAGGCGUGGAGUCACAUUUUACAUCCUAACAGCAGCUUCUAAGGCAGAGCUGGGCCCCCUCCAAGUAGGCUGCAGGUUGGCUUUGCACUCAUCAUGGUUUUAGUUUGAAAAUACAUCCCUUCAUUAAAUAUUUAUUGAGCUGCUGCUAUGUGCCAUGUUCUAUUCUAGGUUGUGGGGGGAGAGCAAUGAGCUAGAAUAAAUGCAAACAAAACCACUAGCUUUCAAACCAAACUAACAGGCCUCAGUGGAAGAGAUCAGAAAGGAGGGAGAACGUGGGCACUGACCUCCCCUCUGAGUUCCUGCAGCUUCUGAAGCCAGGACGGUUGCAGCCUUUCCUACUGCAGUGUAUUGGGAAACUGUGUAGUAAAUUUGAUGCAUGUAGACAAUCUAUCAAGACAACUGAAGGAAAAUCUCCUUCUAUUCUUGGAGGCAGAUCAUUGUUUUGGGCCUUCACUUCUCUUGGCCAUUGUGGAUUGCCUCAGUGAGCCACAAGUAGGUAACGAUUCCACCGUCAUCAAGUAAUCUUGAUGCAAUCUGUUCUGCUGAUGUUUAGUCAAGUGGAGAUUAAAUUAACCAAAUGAAUUCUUGGGUGGUGUGUGGGUGCCCUUCUACUCCUCCGUCAUGAAAUCCUACUGCCAUUCUCUGCUUAGUGUACCUUUUUGGAUUUGUGCAUAUCUCUUUGGGGAACAGAAUGAAAAACCUCACAACUUCCAAUGGUCCAGAUUAGUCAACCAACCCGCUUUCUUGGAAAUUAUAGGCUGUUGUUUUAAACUAAGAGCUUGUUGAAUAAAUCAGCAUUUUAAAUUUUAAAAAUGCUUAUGAUUCAAGGAAAAACACAGGUGCCAAGGGUCUGAUAGAUUGCCAUAUAAUGUUAUUUUCGUGUAACUGAUCUUUUUGAAAGCCAAUGUUUCUAAGCAUGGUUUUACUCCUCCAAGUUGCUCAUAUGAAAACUACAUAACCUUAAUAGAGACAGCUAGGACUUUUAUUGUAAUUUUAAAAACCCCACUAAGUUAAUCCCCUGAAAUUAAGUGUUUUGAAACAGAUGACGGGUGAAAUCUGUUGAAAGAAACAUAAACAAAUGAUUGAUGGGGGUUCUGAGAACACGCUGUGUGAGAAGAGUUCUUUCUGCUACCUCAGUUGGUGCGGUGAGAGGCUGUGGUGAGGCAGCUCUUCCUCUCUGAGAAUAGCACGACCUUCUUGUUUCAUUCUCACACCUGCUUUGCCAAAGCCAGUAUUUUCCCUCAGCCAGAUAGAGGGGAAGGUGCUCUUCAGGAGAGACACCUACUGAAAAUAUGAGCAACCAACCCGUAGCUGAGGUUUUGAGGAUGGGCCUUGCAAUUACCAGAAAGGUAUAUUAUGUCAGGGAAAGAAAAUCUCAAAACCUAAUGGCCUAUUUCCUUGUGUUCUAGAAUCUUCUCCUUAUGCUUCAUAAGCAGAAUUUAUCUAUUUAUUAUUUCUCUGCAGUAUUAUAGAAAUCCUAACAGCUGUUGAACACUGUUGAUACAAUUUCUGUUUCACCAAAGUUCUUGUAAACACUGUGGGUUUCUGGUUCCCAGUGCUGCUUCCAACACUGGAACUGUGUCAAACAGCCCAAAUGGGCAAAAGGUCAUGCCCAGCUUUACGGAACACUGCCCAUAUAACUAUCAUUCUUCUCCAAUUUCAUUCUGCUCUAGACCUUGUAAUAAAUUUACGAGGGACCCUGUGACUCAGAGCUCAAGUGCCUGAAGUUUGAAGCAAGAUCUGAGUAUGUAGUUUGUAAUCCUGCCAGCAAAGACCUGAGUAACUUUUUCUUGACUGACCUUAGUUCUCGGCACUCAGGGACUGGUAUUUAUUUUGGGAACAUCUUGAUCUUAAACUUGAAAGGUCUGAGUUGCUGGUCUCCUGGAAACGUUCAGGGCACAUGCGGAACUGAUGGCAAUCAGUGCUCCCAGAGAGCCUUAGAACAGGAUGGGGACCUGCAAUUGAGAGAAAAUGGCAGAUGGCAGAGUGACUUCCUCCCUCCAGGGUUAUAGUGAGCCCCUGAGGGCUUCCACUCUGAGGGGAUAAAGUGCUACCCAGAUGCAGGCUACUAUCAAAUGUCAGCCACUACCUUAGGAAACCCAGAUCAUUCCUUCAGUCUUCAAGGAAACUAGGAAAUAAAAUACUCUUCCACACAUUUCAUACUUCUUCAUACUAAAAUCUCAUUUAGCAAUAUCAUUCAACUUCCGGUUACUUAAGAUUAUCUUUUAAGCUGCAAAGUGAGUAUACUAAGUUCCCAUUAACUCAGGCUCCACUAAUUGGGCUCAUUUAGAUAGAGUGUGAGUGAAAAUUUACUUUUGUUUCAUCUACACUAAACAAAAGUGUUGCUAAGCAAGGCAGUGAUGUUAAGAAGAUGAUAAGGGCUGUGUCUGCCUAUAUUCAUAUAUGUUUCUAGAUACUUGGCGAUAUCUAUUGGCAUAUAAAUGUAAUCAGUAUGCUAGUCAUAAAAAGUUCCCAGGUAUUUUUUAAAACAGUCUCAGGCCAGUUGUUAGUUGACAAUCCUUUAUUUGCAUAACUGUAACGCAAGCUAUCUUCUAGAUAGUGAAGUGUUCCUACGUGUAAAUCUUAUCUUGAUAGCAUUUUUUAAUAGAAAUUGAAGAUCAAAAACAAUGCUUUAUAAAGCAGAAUUUCCAUGAUAUUUAUGAUAUAAGUUUAAAAAUGUUUUGUUUAGAGGCCAGCCCAGUGGUGCAGAGGUUAAGUUCAUACGUUCCGCUUCA